CAUGGAUAGUGUCACAGGGGGACUCGGGUUCCUAAAUGGAUUGUUUGGGUGGUCUGAGCACUCACUCAUCACAAAACUACGGACCGCUGCUGUGCAGCUAUCUCCAUAAUUCGAAUCGACCCCUCUUCCGCUCUCGAGAAAUGCACGCUCCAAAGAGUCUGGUAUGGGUUCCUGCACUGCCAGCCCGACUCUGCUGAAGACGUGGUUCUCGUGGGUGCUCUACUCCGCCAAAGGCUGUUUGCGUCUGGCCAGCCUAUCGGUCGCCUUUCUUACGCUAUACCUAGAACUGCACGGCAGUCACCCAACCACCUCUGCACUAAUUUUGCUCCGGCUGUCGCGACGCCUGAGGCUUUCGUCUUCCGUCUGUAUGCCCACCCAGGAGCAUGAUAUGAACUCGAGUGCCAGCAUUCAAGGCGCAAAGGCCCUCGACCGCCCAGAGUCACCGCCGCACAAGCCAUCUACACGUAACCCUGCAAUACCAUCAGGGGCGAAACCUUCUCGUCAAGACUCCGGAGACUCUGCUACCUCUUCAUCCUCGACUACCCUCUCCCAUCCCUCACCUCCUCCCUCCAUGCCUUCUCACGCUCGUUCAAAGACAACGUCGCACGCCGAUAUCGUUAGACAGGGCAAGCGCUUGUCGUUACAAUUCCCAAUUCAACCUACUGCUGGCAGUAGUUCACCGGUCUUUUCCCCUCGGUCACGACCUCAGUCCUGGAUCGCAGCUCCGUCACCACUUCCCUCACCUGAGGCCCAACCGCCGUCGCCCGAGACCAACAUCCUCGCCGUUCUUGCUGCGCAAGAGCGAUACGUACUAGAGCUUAGGGAAGAGCUUGGCAAAGCCGAAGAGGAUCUGAAGACAUUGAAGAAGCACUACGCUCUUCACGAAGCAAGCAAACGGCGCAAUGAUGUCCGCAAGGUCGCCCAAUUGCAGCCGUUGAACACUACUCUCGCCAACAUCGACGCCGCACACGAUGAUGAAGAUGGAGGCAACCUGUGGAUGCAGCGCGAGAUGGAGCGCAGGAAGGCUCUGCUCAGCAACACAAAGUCUUCUCAGCGGAAGGUUUUUAGUGGAUCACGCCACCUGCGCACUCUCUCGCUGUUGUCGCCUGAUAGAGCCUAUGCGCCGUCCUUCCCUCAACCAGUCGAAGUCCCCAGUGGCGGGUCCACCAUCAAGCGACCGACACCUCCCGUUCGAUCCUCAACGUCGUCCGAUGUAUCGAGGCAGCUCAUCGACGUGACGAGUAACGAUCGCAACGACCUUGGCGGACUGCCAAACAUACAGCGCGACAACAUCCUGCGCACUGGCAAGCAACUGGCCAGCGACUUCAGCAACGGGUUGUUUACCUUCAUCGAGGACAUUAGACAGGCCACCGUGGGCGACGAAGCUGUCAACGGGGCGGCGGCAGAGUCUUCUGGGCCCUCACAGAACAGGGAUCCAUCCGCUAAGGUGAUUCGAAACACAUCCGCUAGCAGGCCAUCCCUGAACCGGUCAGCAAGCUCCAGGAAGUCUGUGCAGAAGAAACAAUCGAUCGGAGAAGAUUUCUGGUCCGAACAUGGUCUGAGUGAACCCAAGACCACCUCCGUGAACAAGAAGACUCAUGCGCCCAAGGCCACCCGCACCCCCGAAAAGCAAACGGCCAGGAACAGCGACAGCUUCGAAGAAGACUGGGAUAAUUGGGACAGCCCUGGCACCACGUUCGUCGCGAAGACAACAGGGACCCACAACGACUCGGACGAGUCAGACACACCGUCAUCUACCGUCGGCAGCUCCCAAGCCAGCACCAAGUACCACUCAAGGCGCCACGACUCGAAGAACUCGUCGCUUGCCACGAUCAGCUCUGCGAGCAUGCCCGACACCAGUGCAUCACGCGACCCCAAGCGCAACUCGAUCCCCUGGCCAGACCUGGUCAAUCUAUCGCCAUCCAACCUCAAGCGCACGGCUUCGCACUUGAUGAAGGAGUGGGAGAAGCAGCUCACGCCGCCGCCGGAGUCCAGGCUCUCGAGUCACUCACAGGGUGACUACAUCGGUCGCUCAGGAUCGCCCGGUAACCUUAUUUAAUGACGAACGAUCUGUAUAGACGAAUUACAUUUUGACGACGCUACGCAUCUAGACCACAAUGUCUAAACGACUGUCUAUUCAUAUAUAUUAUUCACACACACAGGGGGGGAAGAACUGAGCAUGGCGGCUUGUAGAUAGCACUUUCGACGGAGCAUGGCGAAACAGGCGUUCGUGGUUACCGUUGACAUGUACCCUAGCAUUGGGGAGAUAUCAAAUGUCUAUAGAAGCAUAGCAUAAGACUUCAAAAUCCAUUACAUAC